ACACACACACACACACACACACACAAGGAAGGCGCAGCAUCAGCCGAUCGUCAGUAUGAGUGUGUGUGGCCCCGGGGCCCCUGCGUCUCCAGAGCAAUGUGUGUCUCGAGACUCCAUGGAGGAUUACUGGAGCGAAGUCAAGAACAUCCAGGAGGACACACACACACACCAACAGGAGCCAGCUGAGCAGGCCAGCACAGACGAGGCGGAGCUUGAGGAGGCGUGGCUGCAGGAUGCGGGGCUCACCACACUGAUUACAGGAGCUCAGGGCGACGGCCCGACGGAGGCUCUUCUGUCCACGCUCACACACUCUCAGGCCGCCAUGGUGAAGAAGCGGCUGGACAACUACACACACACACUGCGCAAGAAGAACCGCCAGCCCACGAGGCACGUGCGGGACGUCUUCUCCACGCCAGAACCAGCGUCUGAACUGACGUCUCCUGUUUCCCCGAAUGGAGAGAUCUCCCCCAAACCCCCGCAGUCGAAUCCUCCUAAACACAACAAAGGUUGUUGUCAGAUGAUGCAGAUGCACAUAUAUCUGUGCCAUCUGGGCAAAAUUCCUCUGUUUUUCAAGAAGCUGUUGGCUAAGCUGGAGCAGACCGGGUUACAGACUGAGGGUAUUCUGCGGGUUCCAGGAUCAGCAGUAAGAGUCAAGCAACUGCGUCAGGAGCUGGACCUGCACUUCUAUGAUGAUCGCUUCGACUGGGAUCAGGUGCACCAGAACGACGCUGCGGCUUUGCUGAAGAUGUUCAUCCGUGAGCUGCCGUACCCGUUACUGACCAAACUGAACAUGCCGGCCUUCACGGCUCUUCAGAGAAUUUCAUCUCCCAAAUACCAGAUUCAGGCUCUUCAUCUGCUCAUCAUGAUCCUUCCAGAACCCAACAGAGACACACUGAAGGCUCUGCUGGAGUUCCUGAGGAAAGUGGUGGCGUGCGAGGAGAAGAACCGCAUGAAUGUGUGGAACGUCUCUAUGAUCGUGGCCCCAAAUCUCUUCACUUACAUAGGGAAAAACGCCAAACAGGAGGAGGUGAAGAGCGCCUUGGCUGCUGCUCAGAUAGUGUGCACCCUCAUCAGUCAUCAGGACCUGCUGUGGACGGUUCCGUGUUUUCUCAUCAAUCAAGUGAGAAAAAUGAACGAUGCUGCGAUGGCCAAGAAAUCUCUGAGCUUCGAGAGGAGCAAACGUGGACUUUUGAGUCGGUGGAAGGACCGCGAGCGCAGUGAAGUGAAGGAUCUUCGUGACGGGGUCAUCAGAGUUCAUGCGCCGCUUCACGCCAAAGUUUCAAUGGCGAUUCAGCUGAGCACCGAUAUGAAAGCCAGAGACAUCACUGCGCAUUUUGACACAGAGAAAGGACAUGGAUCGCGGAGUGGCGGUCGACGACAGAAACAGCUUCUGUUCGAGGUCGGAGGAAACAUCGGCGAGCGCUGCCUGGAUCCAGACGCAUAUCUACUAGACGUUUACCACGCUAAUCCUUACUGUCAAUGGGUGUUAAAGUGAAAACCUGAGACGCACUGAACACACACGUGUUUACUCAAACCCAGAGACCCUCAGGUCUUAUUAGGAUUCACACUGAGAUGCUCAAUGCUGGUCAUUGAGCCUGUGUGUGUGUGUGUGUGUGAGAGCGCAUGUUUCAUCACUUUAGCCAGUGUAAAAACACAAAAAUAGCAUGUACAUAACAUAUUUAUAGCACUAAUUUAUCCAGCUGUAGCAUAAUUCUUUUGUAUUGUUCAUAUGCGCUGCAUGUCUGAGAUGAAGCCGU